AGCUCGCAACUGGUUAACGGCCCUAGUGGAAAGCCCCAUUGUCGGUGCUACUAGAGUGGCGCAUACCAUUCUGGAAAGCUUGAAUGGAGCGCCCUUGUAUUCAAAUAGAUUAUCCCCUUGGAUGAGGUGAAGGCACUGGGUGCUCGCGUCAGUGGCUCGGGGUAGGCUAUGAAAAGUGUCCAAAGUCUGUCCAUGUUAACUUUAUGCUGAAAACAAUAGUAGGACUUUCAGAGAACUGGUUUAAAAGUAGUAGUCUGGAAUUGCACGGUAAACCAUGCGUUCGUCUGCUAAUCUGCUAAUGGAAGAGGUUGAAGAGAGUUGAAGUACAGCUGCUGUGCGAAUUAUUGCGCUCCUGAAAUGAUGGUAGUUUGUUGCGUGUUAUUGUGAGGACUUUGUUUCACACCAAGUAAUUUACAGUUGAUUAUUUUUCCCUCGAGAAUUCGAGGUUGAUUCGUGCAGUCUGUAGAGGGACAUUCUCUAACGUAUCAAGACUGAGAGCUGGAAGAUGCCCUUUCGCAUCGGGCAUAGAAAGAGGGAAGAAACUGCGUGACUUCGCUCUGGAAUUAAAUCUUAAGGACUACAUCUGAACAGCGCAAACUUUCGUGAUUUUCGAAGAAAACAAAACUUACUGAAUUGUUUUUGUAUUCCAAGAACUAACUCGCCUAGAUUGUCCAUCAUGACAUGAAUAACUAGCUAAAACGCUCGUACUUUUUCAAAACUGUAAUUACAGUUGGACACAUUGUCAGUGUUCGCCUCGAAGAUAUCUGACAUUUGGACCCUGGAUUUGUUUUCAGAGGAGACGUUUUUGACGAUUAAAAAUAGUUAAACUGCGAUCAGAAGCGUUGCCAAGGUCUCCGGAACGAUGGUUUUACGCUUCGCCGGAAUUUAUGUCUUACUUGGAUUACUUCACAUUUGUACAGGCUCGCGGCUGCGUCAGGAGGACGCUCCUCCCCGGAUCGUGGAGCACCCCUCUGACCUGAUCGUGUCCAAGGGGGAGCCGGCCACCCUCAACUGCAAGGCGGAGGGGCGCCCCGCUCCCACGGUGGAGUGGUACAAGGACGGCGAGCGGGUGGAGACGGACCGGGACAACCCGCGCUCCCACCGCAUGCUGCUGCCCAGCGGCUCGCUCUUCUUCCUGCGCAUCGUCCACGGCCGCCGCAGCAAGCCCGACGACGGGAGCUACGUGUGCGUGGCGCGGAACUACCUCGGCGAGGCUGUGAGUCACAACGCGUCGCUGGAAGUAGCCAUUCUGCGAGACGACUUCAGGCAGAACCCGGCCGACGCGAUGGUGGCGGCGGGAGAACCGGUGCUGUUUGAGUGCCAACCUCCCCGUGGGCACCCGGAGCCCACCAUCUCCUGGAGGAAAGACGGCAUCAACAUCGACGACCGGGACGAACGCAUCACGAUCCGAGGUGGCAAGCUGAUGAUCACUAACGCGAGGAAGAGUGACGCGGGGAAGUACGUGUGUGUGGGAACCAACAUGGUGGGAGAAAGAGAGAGUGAGGUGGCCGAGCUCACCGUACUGGAGCGCCCGAGCUUCGUGAAGCGUCCAGUCAGUCAGGUGUCCCUGGCAGACGAGAGUGUGAACUUCCAGUGUGAGGCCCGAGGCGACCCUGUUCCUAUCGUACGCUGGAGGAAGGAGGACGGGGAUCUGCCCAAGGGAAGGUUUGAGAUCUUGGAGGACAACACGUUGAGCUUGCGGCGCGUCACGCCAGCUGAUGUCGGCUCAUACACCUGCCUGGCCGAGAACAUGGUGGGCAAGGCCGAGGCCUCGGGGUCCCUCACCGUCCACGUCAUGUCUGUACCUCCAGCGUUUGCGGUCAGGCCACGGAACCAGGUGGUGGGCGUGGGUAGAACAGUCACGUUCCAGUGUGAGGCCACGGGGAACCCACAGCCGGCGAUCUUCUGGCAGAGAGAGGGCAGUCUGAACCUGCUGUUUUCCUACCAGCCUCCCCAGCCCUCCACCCGCUUGUCGGUCUCCCAGACGGGGGACUUGACCAUCACAGACGCCCAGCGCUCUGACGGGGGAUACUACAGCUGCCAGGCCCUCAACAUCGCUGGCUCCGUCAUCACCAAGGCCCUGCUGGAGGUCACAGAUGUUGUUUCGGACCGCCCUCCGCCCAUCAUUCAACAGGGCCCAUCCAAUCAGACGGUGUCUGUGGACGGGACGGUGGUUCUGAGUUGCCAGGCAACAGGCACCCCGACCCCGACGGUGAUGUGGAAGAAGGACGGGACCCUCGUCACCACCCACGACUCGCGCGUCUCGCAGACGGACGCGGGGGAGCUGCAGAUCAGAUACGCCAAGCUGGGAGACACUGGCAUGUACACCUGCAUUGCCUCCAGCCCUAGUGGAGAGGCAUCCUGGAAAGCGUACCUUGAGGUGGAAGAGUUUGGAGUGGCUGUUCAGCCAGGCAGGCCCACAGACCCCAACCUGAUCCCCAGAGCUCCGUCCAAGCCGGAGGUGACCGACGUCAGCCGCACCUCUGCCACGCUGUCAUGGAGACCCAGCAACGCAGGAGCCACCCCAACCUCCUACAUCAUAGAGGCAUUCAGCCAUGCAUCUGGCAGUAGCUGGGUGACCCUGGCUGACCACGUGAAGACAGAGAGCUUCGUGCUGAAGGGCCUGAAGCCGGCCGCUGUCUACCUCUUCCUAGUGCGGGCGGUCAACGCCUACGGCCUCAGCGACCCGAGCCCCAUCAGCGACGCCAUCCGCACCCAGGACACGCCACCCACCAUUCAGGGAGUGGACCACCGUCACAUCCAGAAGGAGUUGGGAGACGUGGUCAUCCACCUCCACAACCCCGUCAUCCUCUCCUCCUCCUCCGUCAGGGUGCAGUGGACCGUGGAGCAGCAGUCCCAGUACAUCCAGGGCUACAAGGUGAUGUACCGGCCGACGUUCGAGACGGGGCAGUCCCGGAGCCAGUGGGGUGUGUUUGAGGUGCGGACACCCGGUGAGGAUGGCGCCGUCGUGCCUCAGCUGAAGAAGGGCGUGACCUACGAGUUUAAAGUGCGGCCCUACUUCGACGAGUUCCAGGGGGCCGACAGUGACGUGAAGGUGGUCCGGACCAUGGAAGAAGCUCCCAGCGGGGCCCCACGUGGCGUAACUGUGACAAAGAGCGACACCAAUGGGACCGCCAUCCUGGUCGCCUGGCAACCGCCUCCCGAGGAGGAACAGAACGGCGCGGUACAGGAGUACAAGAUUUGGUGUCUGGGUAAUGAAAGCCGUUACCAUGUCAACCGCACGGUGGACGGCUCCACCUUUUCUAUUGUCAUCCCCAACCUUUCGCCCGGCAUCCGAUACAGCGUGGAGGUCGCCGCCAGCAACGGGGCAGGCCCAGGGGUCAAGAGUGGCAUCACCGUCUUUGAAAUAGAUCAUUUGGGCGAGGUGGUGGAGAGUGGUGUGGAGAGGGACACGCUGUCUCACAUCUCAGACGUGGUCAAGCAGCCGGCCUUCAUCGCGGGCAUCGGCGCCACCUGCUGGCUGGUGCUGAUGGUGUUCAGCGUCUGGCUCUACCGCCACCGCAAGAAGAGGAGCGGCCUGAGCAGCAGCUACGCCGGCAUACGCAAAGUGCCAUCUUUCACCUUCACUCCAACAGUGGCCUAUCAAAGGGGCGGAGAGGCAGUCUGCAGUUCUGGAAGGCCAGGCCUGCUGAACAUGGGCGAGACAGCCAAUCAGCCGUGGCUGGCAGACUCGUGGCCCAACGCCUGCGGCAACCACAAAGAGCGCAGCAUGAACUGCUGCAAUGGAGGCAACGGCACCAGCGACAGCAAUCUCACCACCUACAGCCGCCCUGCCGACUGCAUCGCCAACUACAACAGCCAGCUGGACAACAAGCAGGGCUGCCUGUUAGGCUCCGACUCGGCCGUGUACAGCGACGUGGACCUCUCCAACAAGCUCAACGAGAUGAAGACCUUCAACAGCCCCAGCCUGUGCUACAUGGGCCCCGCCGGCAGCCCCCCGACCCCCUACGAGCCCACGCCCUACGCGACCACCCAGCUCAUCCAGUCCAGCCUCAUGAGCAAGAACGCCGGGGGCUGUGGGCCGGGGAUGGGGGCGGGGGUGGGCCCUCCGGACCUGACGGACAAGCGCGGAUGGAAGCCGCCGCCCAUGCAGCCGCAGCCGCCCAUACCGCAGGAAAUGGCAUCGCAGCUGCAGUACAAUAUCAUGGAGCAGAACCGGUUGAAUAAGGAUAACUACAGAGGGGGAGAGGGCAACCUGCCUGCCACCAUCCCCUACAAUCAUGAUCUCAGCUCUGGAGGCUCCUACCACAGCUCAGACCGUGCCAGCAACAGCACCUCGGGGAGCCAGAGCCACAAGAAGGGAUCACGCACACCAAAGCUGCCCAAGCAGAGCUCAGUGACCUGGGGAGAGCCACUGCCCCCUCCCCCUGCCAACCCUCCACCCAGCCACAGCACAGAGGACUACUUAAUGCACACGGACAGGAGCUUUGACCCAGACUCCUCCUGCCCCAUGCUGCCCUCGCGCAUGUACCUGCACUCCGGAGGCAUGCAGGAGGAAGAGGAGGAGGAAGAGGGGACCAGGGAAAGAUGCCCCACUCCGCCCGUCCGCGGGGCGGCCUCCUCGCCCGCCGGCGUCUCCUACAGCCACCAGUCCACGGCCACCCUCACCCCCUCCCCGCAGGGGGAGCACCAGACAGGCCUACACAACGGGCACGACGAGCGCAGGCGUCACGCGGCCAGUCCCCCGUCCCCGCCACGGCCCCUCUCCCCCCCGCACACCUACGGCUACAUCUCCAGUCCCUUGGCACUGGACACUGACGGGCUGGACGAGGAAGAGGAGGAGCCCAUAGAGGACGAAGAUGAGGCGGAUGCAGAGACAGGGGUCCAGAGCGGCUACGCCCACCCCCAACACCCCCAGCACCACCACCACCAACACCACCACCACCAUCACAACUCCGGGCAGCAGCAGCAUGGGGGCCCAGGCCUGCAGCACGCUGCCCAGCGCCGGCUGCACCCGCGGGGGCUUGAGCAGCAGCAGACGCCGGCCUCCAGCAUGGGCGACCUGGAGAGCUCGGUGACCGGCUCCAUGAUCAACGGCUGGGGCUCGGCCUCGGAGGAGGACAACGCCUCGUCGGGCCGCUCCAGCGCCGUCAGCUCCUCCGACGGCUCCUUCUUCACCGAUGCCGACUUCGCCCACGCCGUGGCCACCGCGGCCGAGUACACCGGGCUCAAGAUGGCGCGGUACCCAGAGGAGGGUGUGAGACCCGGGGGUCAGCGGUACCACGUGGGCCACCGGCCCAGCAGUCCCGUGUCCACGGACAGCAACGUGAGCACGGCCGUCAUGCAGAAACGACCCCCCAGGAAGCACAAACAGCACCACCACCAGCAGCAGCAGCAGCACACACACCACCAGAGCCCGCAGAGAGACGGCUUCACCGACGACACAGCUCUGUCUCUGGCGCCCUCCUCAGCGGGCGUGAAGUCCCCCACACACAACUCCAGGGGUGGCUAUGAGUUGCGGGGCGCCACCCUGCCCAAAAUGGGCUGUGGGGACGGGCGUGAGAGGAGAGGGAGUGCCGGGGGCAACCGCGCCAGAGAGGGCUCCGUGGAGAGGCGCGAGAGUCAUGACAGACACCAGAACCAAAAGGCCAGCAGAGCCCGCCAACCCCCAGCAGUAGCAGAGGACAUCCCCCCCUACAGUCGCCCCAACUUCCCCUCGCUGCAGGGCCAGAGGGAGGGGGGCCCCAGCUCCUCCGGCUCCAUGUCGUCCCGCAGCUCCGGGGGCCGCCGGAGGGCCGAGGGGGGCCCGGGGUCACGCAGGAACCCUUCGGACGCAGGGCUGCCCAGCUUGGGGCCCUUCCAGCCCGAGGAAGAGGAGCUAGAGCUUUUGGAGAGCUGAGGGAACGUGAACUGCAGACCAUAGGAAGUCCUUCCAGGUCACCGCUGGACAGAAUGACCCCAUUCUCCCCCUAUGGACUUGUGGGCCAACCAUUGAAAGUCCGGUCACCAUCAUGUAAAUUACCUUUUACAAAACAAACUGAAAACCUGACCAAUGCUUAAUGUCUCACUUUCUUCAUUAUUUUUAUUUGAUUGUUUUUUUUAUUUAUAAUGAUGUGUACAAGAGUAACUGAUGGGUACUUUUCCUGUCCAAAAUACAUCCUCCAAUAAAGGUACCAUCUGCUUUUUUUUUUUUUUUAAACAUUGAGUUGCUGAUUCAGUUGCUUGCAAUGGCAGUCAUUCAGUGAAGCCCUCCAAAGUACUGAUGUAAGUGUGUAAUAAAAAUGUCUUGGGAGCUGCA